AUGACAGUAACUGCCUUUGCGGCCGCAAUGCACAGACCUUUUUUCAAUGGAUAUGCCACCAUGCAAGAUGCGGGACAAGGACGCGUCAAUCAAUUGGGUGGUGUGUUCAUAAAUGGUCGCCCCUUGCCGAAUAAUAUACGCUUAAAGAUCGUCGAAAUGGCCGCCGAGGGUAUACGUCCGUGCGUAAUAUCGCGUCAACUGCGCGUAUCACAUGGUUGCGUUUCGAAGAUCCUCAAUCGCUAUCAGGAGACCGGCUCCAUACGUCCCGGUGUGAUUGGUGGUUCUAAGCCACGCAUUGCGACACCAGAAAUUGAGAAUCGUAUUGAGGAGUACAAACGUCAGAAUCCGAGUAUUUUCUCUUGGGAGAUAAGAGAUAAAUUAAUACGGGAUGGCAUUUGCGAUCGGACUACAGCACCUUCGGUCUCGGCGAUUUCGCGUUUGGUACGCGGCCGUGAUGCGCCCGGUGAGGAUGAUGGACAGAAAACACAAUCCGGCUCCGAACAUUCACACAAACUUUCCGAUGAGGAGGUAUCGGAUUGCGAGAGCGAGCCUGGCAUAGCGCUGAAGCGUAAACAGCGCCGCAGUCGCACCACUUUCACAGCCAUGCAAUUGGAAGAGUUGGAACGUGCCUUUGAGCGCACGCAAUAUCCAGAUAUUUAUACGCGCGAGGAGUUGGCACAACGCACUAAUCUCUCCGAGGCACGCAUUCAAGUGUGGUUCAGCAAUAGACGUGCACGGCUGCGUAAACAAAACACUAAUGGUGCUUCGCCAGGCAGUAAUGUUAGCGCGAUGACCGGCAGUUAUGUGCCCCACCAACUACAACCAGUUGCUGCUGCCGCAGCGGCGGCGAAUAACUAUGCUGCAGCGGCUGCUGUUGCUGGCAUGUUGCCGUCGGUCUCCUCCGAAGCCACAGCAAUGGCUGCUGCAUAUCAACAACAAGUUUACGAUUUCUAUGCUGGACACCCCACGGCACCAGUGGCCAAUCUAGCAUCGAGUCCUAUUGUACCGGGUACCGCUUCGAUGACGCCACCGCAUCAAUAUUACGGUUCCGCUACCAACUAUAAUUUCCCCUCGCAUAAUCUACUAGGUAACAGUUCGAAUGCAGCAACAGCGGCUGGUACCGAUGUUACAGCAACGUUGCAGUCGCAAUAUCAAUCGAUCUCGCCGCUGAUGCGCUCAAGCAGCAACAAUAACAACAACAACAUGAACUCAUGCCAAAGUAGCAACAAUCAUAGUAUCAAUUACGCAACAGAAAACGCGACGGAUUCCAACCAGCUGUUGACCCGUGAUGAGAGUCCCAACGCAUCGGUGUCGCCAGCAUUCGGCACUACUGCCAAUAACAGUGGCAUACAAUUACCACCAACACCAAAUAGUUUAACCGCCGUUAUUGGCAAUGAAUCGCAUGUGAGUGGCAAUACUAUUGGCGCAACGAGCGGAGCGAACGCCGCGGAAGAAUUGCAAAGUGCCUUGAAGACAGAACCACAACAAAUGCAACAGCUAUACGGCAGCUGGAAUGCAUCGAUGGCGCAGCAACAAGCAGCAGCGAAUAUCAAUAUAUCUACCACACGACCCACAGCACCACUCUCGCCGGAGGAUUCGUUGAACUCCAGUUCGUCACAAAUGCCCGAGUCGACGGCCGCGCAUAUGAUGUUCCCACAUCAGCGCGAUUUCACGCAUAAUCAUUCGCAAUAUGCACCACCAACGGCAUCAUCCUUCCAUACGCAUGCGCAUCACCACGCAGCUGCCGCCGCACAAUAUGCCUCAUCGCAUUUGGGUUUCCAUCACAGCCCGACGGCGGCUAACAUGAGUUCCACAACCAAUGGCGGUUCAUCUCACUUUAUGCAACAGAAUUUCGGCAGUGCAGGUUUUAAUUCCUCACCGAAAAUGAAUUAUCCCACAGUGCCACAGCCAUUCUAUCAUUCCUGGUACUAA